AUGGAAUCCUCGAUUAGAAAUCAUUUUAAAAGCAAUUUCGACUCAAAUAAUUCUCAUCCUGCAAUCACAAGAUCAUUAUCCCCUGUUAAUCAGCCUUUAGCAGUUUUAAAGCAGCCUGAAAUUCCUAGACCUACUUACACCAGACCAAUGGAAAUGUUUCAUCCUAAAAAUGAAAAAUCAGACAAUCCAGGACCUAUAAAGAACCAUGGGGUUUCCCACAAGUUUUAUAGGCAAUACACUGACAGAUUCUACGAAGACCAAACUCUUGAUAAAGCUACAAGGUUAAAAAUAAAGGAGCUGCAAUCUAUGCGUUGAGCUAACUCAGCAAGAAGACAGAUUUCAGAUAAAGACCAAAAGCUCUUACUCCCCCCCCUCCGUGAGUGAACAAAACCAUUAAAAUAAUCCCUAUUUUUUUUGCCCAAAAAAACCCACCCUCCGUGAGUGAACAAAAAUUUUUUUUAAUACAAAAAUUUUUUAUAGAAAAAAAAUUUUGAUAUAUAAGUGAUAAUUAGUAUAAUGAAAUCUAGAGCUAAUUCUGUUUCAUUUUAAACGAAUUGCUUUUUAAAGCAUAAAUUUUAUAAAUUAAAUUAAUAUUUGCUUUCAAAUUUUUGCGAAUUAGGAUUUUUUUAAAUUUCGAAAAAAAAUUAACCCCCCUCCGUGAGUUAACAAAAAAUUUUGUUCACUCACGGAGGAGUUAGAAAUUCAAAAAGAGCAAGAACAAGAAAACAUAAAGCAAAGCAGAAUCAAAAGAUUGUUUAUAAAACACCAAGAGCUCGAGCAGAAACUUGAAACUGCAGCUGUAACAAUUCAACGAUAUGCAAGAGGAUAUAUAAUAAGAAAAAUUUAUAACAAAUCCUACAUCGAGCUUGAAAAGAAAAAAUUACAAAAUUAUUUAGCUUUACUCGAAAACCAAGUUAAUGAAUACUGAAGAAAUAUGGGAGAAUCAGCAAAUAAGGCCGCAAUUGUUAUACAAAAAUAUGUAAAAGGCAUGAAAAUUAGAAAAUAUUUUGGACCAGUAUUGAAAUUAAGGAUAGAGCAAAGAAAGAAAAAAAUGCAAAAAGUGUCGAGCGUGAUCCAAGUUUGCUGAAAGCAAUUUUUAGCAUCAAAUUAUAUAGAAAAUUUAAGAUAUGAACUUGAAAAAGUAAAAAAAUUGGAAAAAAUUAGAGAAAACUUGGUAUUUUUAAGAGUUAAAGAAUUUUGGAAAAGGAAUAGGGUUAGAUUUACUGUGAUUAAGAAUAAAGUCCAUCAAAUGGCAGUAAAUUCAGUGCUUGGAUUAUUAAAAAGAGCUUCCAAUAAAUCAGUUGAUAUUAUUGAUAUAAAGACAGAACCAACUCCGAUUAUAAGUAAAACAUUAGACAGUAUAAAAGAUUCAGCCACAAUCCCAGAAAUUGGAUAUAUAGAACACUCUUCUCCUCAAAAGCAAUCAAAAGAAAUAACAACUGAGCAAACUCCUUAUUUCCAUCGAAUUUCUCCAAACACUAUAAUAGAAACUGCAGAUCCGCUUAAUAAUCGCCCAAGUACCGUCAAUUCUGUAGUCCAUGAAUAUACAGCUUCUUUUCCUCAAGCUGAUAAUUAUUCAGAGCUAGCAAGAAAACCAAGCAUGAAUAAGCCGCCCAGACCAUUUAUUUUAAAUUCUAAUUACUUAAGGCCUACACAAGCUUACAUAAGUCGCACUUCUAAAGACAUCCCUGAACCAGAAAAUCCGAAGCCAAAACUAUUUAAAAAAAUUCGAGGCAAAAGCUAUCAGAGAGAAACAAAAUCAAGGGAAUCUUAUAGACAGGAGUCUAUAAAAAUAAAAGAGGAAAGAGCAAAAUCAGCUGAGUCUGGCAAAAGGUGGAGAACGGGGGGAGGUGAUCGGCUAAGCAGCAUUUCUUAUAUAUCAUCUUUAGCUCAAAUGAACCAAGAAUCUGCGCUUGAUCUGAAACCGUUGAUAGUUGAAGUUGAGGAAGCUUUGCCUAAGCAAAAAGAAGAGAUGGAUAGAAAUUUAUUGUCUUCUCUAGAAGAAAAUACAUUAAAAUACCAAGAAGAUGAUGACGAAGAAUUUGCUAAAGUUUACGUUUACAAAUCAACAAAAAGCCAAAGCCUUGAGUUCAAAAAAGCCCUACCUGAUUUAUAUGAAUUCAUAGAAAAUUACUCCAAAAAUAUUAAAAAGCCAGAAAAGCCAAGAGAAACCCCACGAAGUGCUUUGCAAGAACUUAGCAUUUCAUCUGUAAAAAUUUCUAAAUAA